AUGCUAUCUUCACUUUUUUCUGGCGCCACUAACGUGCGCCAGACGAUGGCGUCGGUGCUCAACUUUGCCCUCGUCUUGUCCACGGCUUUCAUGUUAUGGAAGGGACUGUCGGUGUUGAGUGCCUCAUCUAGCCCGAUCGUUGUGGUUCUGAGUGGUAGUAUGGAACCUGCCUUCCAGCGCGGUGAUCUGCUGUUCUUGUGGAACAGAAGUCCCCGGGCGGAGGUUGGAGAAGUUGUUGUAUACAACGUGAGAGGAAAGGAUAUUCCUAUCGUCCACCGUGUCGUCCGAACAUUCCCGGAAUUGGAUUCCACAACGAACAAAGUGAAGGAGAUCACAGUUGACUCCGCACCGGGUAGUCAUAUGCUCCUGACCAAGGGUGAUAACAAUUUGGCCGAUGACACCGAGCUGUACGCCAAGGGCCAAGAUCACCUAGAUCGCGACGAGGACAUCGUCGGAAGUGUGAGAGGGUACAUCCCCAUGGUUGGAUAUGUGACAAUUAUGCUAUCGGAACACCCUUGGAUGAAGACCGUUCUAUUGGGUUUAAUGGGAUUGAUGGUAAUGUUGCAGCGAGAAUAA